UCCUGCUUUGGGUAUCGCGGCGAGCCGGAGCCGGCGCCGCGGCUGCUGUGCGAGGCUCAUCGCGCUGCUCUCUUGCACUUCUUUCCAUAGCGAGAGGGAUAGUAGGAAUGGAGUUUGUGACGUAGACUGUGUGCUUUCCUCUCCAGAAUCUCUUGCUGUCUCUGAAAUAUGCUUGGACUUGGAUUCCAGGCGUCUCACUCACCUGCGCCAGGGAAGUGGAUCCGACUUUUGCUCGGGCUGAUCAUAUUCAAGGAGUGUCUGAAACCGUGCAAGAUUCUAGUUGACUUCCUUUUCUUUUGGAGCAGGAGUAAUUCCACAGGCUAACUGUCCUGGUUUAUUGACUAAAAUUCAAAUGUAUGCCCUGUGUGGAUGGAUCUUAGGAGACACACUACGAAUGUUGAAUAAUCCUUAAAGUAACGGCCCUUCUUUCUUCAGAGGCCAGAUUCUGUGUCGUUAGCAUCUUCUAUUCUGUAGCAUCCUUUGCAGUUCAUGGUGAAAUUCAGUUUUACUCCAAGUGAUCUGACUUGUAAUGCUCUGUGAGAAACACAGCACGUUCCUGCGGGUAUUUAAGUUCUUGUUAAAUGAAAGGAGAACUUAUUUGUUACCACUGUAACCAUUGUCUGUUACUUGUCUUGCCUGUGUGUUCCUGUACAGUGGUUAAUCUCAUUACAGGCAUUACUUUAUGGCAUGUGAAUGUUAAUAUGUGCAAAUAUGCCUGCAAAAUAUUAACAGGAUGCCUUUGUCCUCCUUCUCCAUUAUGUAAAGGGGAAAAGUUUUAUCUCAGAUGGAGUAUUAACACGUUCCUUUUUUGCUGUCAUACAUAUGACAGUUUUCUGUUGGCUCUUUGACAAAUCUAGCAAAAGGCCUUGUAAACCACAAUCAUUUUGAGGACAGACUCCUAGUUUACCUUUUUGUUGCAUUCAUUCGUGCAGAUUUUUCUGGAACUUAAGCAUUAUGUGAAAUCAUUAAUGGAAAAGGUGCUUAUUGCAGAUUUAGUUCAUGCAUAUGUGCAUAGGAUGACAGUGUGCUUCAGUGUGUUCUCUUUAUGUGGUACUGCCAUACCCUGCCCCUUCUGUAGGGUUCUUGUGGAGAGAGCUGUUAGUAUUUCCUACAUGGGAAUAUAUGUUGGAAUGCAUGUUGAAUUCUGUAGAUUUGUUGAAUGACCAAUGUUUGCAACUUUUUUCAGUGGGAAAUGUGUAAUAAUUUAGUCUAAAUUAGCGUAAAGGAAUAUUAUUUUCUGCAGUAGGGAAAUGCGCUCUUCUCUGUAUCAUAGGAAUACUAACUCCUUAGCAAGCAGAACAGAGUGAGUCUUAGGUGGGCUUCCUAGAAGAUCUAAUCUGAUUUAAGCUAUUGGUGGUGGGUUCUUUGUCUGACUGGGACAUUCUAAACUAGAUUUUUAGUGACUCGCAGGCUGGCUUUUGUUUGUCCUGGCUCAACAGAUAAGACUGUCUUAAUUCUUCUAGGAAAAAUAAAUUACUCCACUACCUGGUUAUUCAUCAAUGCACUAUUGUACCUCAAAGCCUUGCUUGUGCAUCUGCUGUACUUGCAUUACCUAAACCAAGUUUCAGAUGUAUAAAUUGUUACAAUAAAAUCUAAUUCCUCUGUGCAUGAAGGUGAACAUCCUGAUCCCAGUAAAUGGAGUAGAUCACAAGAAGGUUAUUGGUUUCAAAGUUUGGUGCUUAGAUGAAGCAGAUAUGAUGCCAUAACUCAUAUAUGCUUCUUUCACAGGCUGUGUCAGGUUCUGGACCCGAAAAAAUGGCACUGGCAGCAAUUGAUCCAGAGCAGAACAUUGUAUCAAGGGUUGCCAACCUUCCUUUGGUGAGCUCCACCUAUGAUAUGGUGUCCACAGCUUACAUCACCACAAAGGAUAACCAUCCUUAUCUGAAGUCAGUAUGUGAGAUAGCAGAGAAAGGAGUGAAGACGAUUACAUCAGUAGCCGUGACAAGUGCUAUGCCUAUCAUUCAGAAACUGGAACCACAAAUUGUAGUUGCCAACAACUAUGCUUGUAUAGGUCUAGACAAAAUUGAAGAGAGACUGCCUAUACUGAAUCAACCCACUGACAAGGUUGUUGCCAAUGCCAAGGAGGUAGUUGUUGGAGCUAGAGAAGCUGUAACAACCACUGUGACUGGUGCCAAGGAAACUGUUGCUUACACGAUCACUGGAGUUGUGGGCAAGACUAAAGAAGCAGUGCAAGACAGCGUAGAAAUGACCAAGUCAGUUGUCAAUGGCAGCAUUAACACUGUCCUGGGAAGUCGUGUGGUGCAAAUGGUGAGCAGUGGUGUGGACAGUGCUCUCACAAAAUCAGAGACCCUUGUAGACCAGUAUCUUCCACUUACAGAAGCAGAACUAGAGAAAGAAGCUGCAAACGUUGAAGGCUUUGAAGUUGGAGUCCAGAAGCCAAGCUACUAUGUUAGACUAGGAUCCCUGUCUUCAAAGGUCCGCACACGUGCCUACCAACAAGCCUUAAACAAAGUUAGAGAUGCUAAACAGAAAAGCCAGGAGACAAUCUCACAGCUCCACUACACUGUUAGUCUGAUCGAAUAUGCCAGAAAGAACGUGAAUAGUGCCAAUAAGAAACUUCUUGGUGCUCAGGAAAAGCUAUAUCAAUCCUGGGUAGAAUGGAAGAAAAAUACAGGCCAAAAUGAUGGUGAUGAUCUGCGUAGUGCUGAGCACAUUGAGUCAAGAACUCUAGCUAUUGCACGGAGCCUCACUCAGCAGCUUCAGACCACCUGCCUCACACUGGUCUCAAGCCUACAGGGGCUGCCACAGAAUGUACAGGAUCAGGUUUACAGUGUUGGGUCAAUGGCAGGCGAUGUCUACCAGAGCUUUCGGUCAGCAUCCUCCUUCCAAGAAUUAUCAGACAGCUUUAUUGCAGCUAGCAAAGGACAGCUGAAGAAAAUGAAGGAGUCUCUGGAUGAUGUGAUGGAUUAUCUUGUUAACAACACACCGCUCAACUGGCUGGUAGGUCCCUUUUACCCACAACUGCCUGGCAUUCAGCAUGCUGAAAGCAAAGGUGAAGGGGAGGAAAGUUUCAGCCAGAGAAACAAACAGCCUGAACACACUACUGAAUAAACUGCAUAGCAUGCAUGUACUCUGCUGACCAAACAAGUGGCCUUACCAAGUGUAGCUGUCAAAAAAAACCAAUUUUCACCCUUUUUUGGUGAACAAUCCAUAAAUACAGAAAUAGGGGAAUAUACAGGCCAGGACAGUUACACAUGGGCUGUAUUGUCCUGUGUAGUUAAGCCACGCUUAAAAAUUCAAACUAGACUCAAGUGCCUAAGUAUUGGCAGCUGAUACUUGUCAAGAUGCCCUAUUUGUCUCUCAAGCACUUCAUUGUGCUUCAGUGGUAUUAAUAGCAUUAGUCUAAAUGUAACCCACCAUAGCUGAAUGCCUUUGAUUUGUUGCUUAAUCUCUACCAGAAUGAUAUAAAAGUCUUACAUACUGUAAAAUGCAUUUAAAAACUCUACAGUCCAGCUAUGUACACUUAAAUGCUAUGUUUGCUGCAGAUCACACAUUUGUUAAUUAUGCAUCUGACUAUCUCAGAUUCUAUUGCUACAUCAUUCAUGACAAAAGUUCUGUGAGUGCAAAAUGCCAAAACUGAAAGUGGGGUUUCUGAAUGAGUCAGCUGGAGUUAAAUGCCAUGACAGUGUUGACUGUAUAAGCUUAAUUAUUGUUUAACACAGUAACUUUACCACAGAGUCAUAGAAUAUCUCAAGCUGGAAUGGACCCAUAAGCAUCAUCAAGUUUGACUCCUGCUUCUUGCAGGACUACCUAAAAACUGAACCAUGACUAAGAGCAUCAUCUGUAUGCUCUAUGAACAUAUAUGUUCCAGUGACUGACCAAAUAAUUAUCAACACAUUUUUUAAUAUGCAGUAUAAAGGCAAGAUUCAUGCUGUUUGUACACAGGUGCCUGCUGGUGUGUGUGUGUGUCUUUUGUAGCUAUUGUUUUGUAACUCAUUUUUGUAUGUUAGUAAUAAAUGCUUUAGUAGCCUAAGCCUGUGUCCUUUGUUUUAAAACAAUCUAACUUGCUCUUCUGUGACUCCCUCAAACUGGGUCCAACAGAAGGCAAGUUUGACAUGCAAAUGAAGUAGAUGCUCAUUGAAAAUGUUUGUGUAUGUAUUGAUAGAUAGAUAAGAUACUGCUGCAGCAUUUUUUUCUUUUGAAUUUCUGUGUAUCCGUCCAUUGAGUCUUAGCUUUACUGCUGCUCUUGCUGAUCCUUCCUGUUGUCACCUUUAAAGAUGACCUAAGUUGUGAGCUGCUGGAUGUGCUAAUAUUGAAAAGAGAUGGAUGUGGACAAAAGAACUCUCCCUCCCCUCACAGUAGGUGUUGAGCGUGUAUGACAUGGCCAUCUACCUUCUUUGUCUUCUGACUCCCUAUAAACAAUGUUUACUUCUCAACUACAUCACCAGUUUUAACUUUAUUUAUCCUCUUGGACUUGAGUGACAGAUAUAUGUUAACAUUCAACUACAUCAGUGGAAUUGUUCUCAGUAAGUCCUGUGAACUCUUUUAUUGGAAAAGAAGUAGUUACUAAGAAAUAGGCUUUCUUGGGUUAGGCCUGUCCAGCUAAAUUCUGUCUUUUUCCCUGAUGCAUGCCCUAUACAAGUUUGGAUCGCAGUCAUCUAGCAUAGCAAUGUUGGCCACUGUUUUCAAGGAAGUCACCAAAUAGUGUUAGGCACAAACGCAGUUCAAAGAAAGCUAUCACAUAGUCACUACAGGGAACAAAUACCUCCACCUGGCAUGAUGUAGGCACUAAAGCAAAUUACAUGUUGUCCAGCGCCUCCUAAUGUGAGAGGGUUAGCUAUUACAUUGGCGUUGGCCUAGAAAUGUGAGGAAGACGGUUUUAAGCACAGUAUUAAACAAAACUGUAGCAGAACAGGAUUGCAGGUCAAGAUUCUGUAACUUAUGGCUUUUAAUACUCACUUUAUGUAAAGCAGGUGUUUAACAUGAAAUUAACAUGAGAUGGUGAGACUCCUUUCCAGCUAGGGCCUGAGAUAAGACUUCUGGAGACACUGCACUUUCAGGAAUUAAUUUCUUUUUAAGUUUAUUUUACUAUUGUAUAGGUCCAGCAAGAAUAUACCUUUUAUCUCCAUUUGCAAUAAUACUCGUAGAGUGAGUGUAUCCACUAUUGCAAAUGUGUGCAGGAAGAAUUGAAUGGAACUAGUUAGAUGUGGGAGCAGUGGGCUAUUCAAAGAAGGGUAUUCCCUUCUGUGUGUAUUUUAAAGUCUAAGUGCUCUGGGACUUCAUCCUAAGGUGAUCAAUCAAAUAAGAUAUUCAAAAUUUUCAGUGUCUUUUGAGGACUGAGAAAUAAACAGCAUCAUAUAGCAUUAGUGCAGGAGCAGUACAUUGUGUAUAUUCGGACUUGGCUGUCCAGCUUUACUAAAUCUCAGCAAGCAGAUGAAGUAGAAAGCAAUGAAAAUUUGUUACCAACAUAGUCCUUCGAAGCACUUCUUUCUUACCAUGCUCUGUUGGGUGGCUUCUGUUCAAAAGUUACUUGGAAUUCUGGCAGCUGACCUACAGCUGGUGGCUGCAAACAGAGCAAGACCUGGUUAAAUGCUUACCUAAUGGUUGUACUCCUAUGUCAUGCUGUAAUGAUAGGUGCUUGUUUUGUUGGAUGCUGCCCUCCCCCUAAAAUGUUUUUAAGUUUCUGUCCACACACACACAGCAUCCACCCCUCAUCAGAAUUAGGAACUCUUCCCUAGUGGAAGAGACAGCUGAGUAAUAGCAAAUCUGUAUGUUCUUGUUUUUUUUUUCUAUAGAAUAAAGUUCUCUGAUUAAGAUCAUUAGAUUCUAUUAAUAAGGAGAGCAUUGAAUGUUUAACCUGAUUUCCAA